UAUUCUCCCAAAUUCCCAUUCUGCGCCUGGGGAGAAGAAACUCCACACUCGGGACAUUCAGGGACUUUAUUAUUCUAUAUUGGUAUGUUAAAGCCCUUCAGACUGUAUUCUCAUCUCUUGGUGGCCCUCUCCUCCCAGCGGAUAUCAAAAUGGAUCACACAGUGCCUAUCAAUCAGUUACCAAAUGGCCAAUGGACCCCUCAGUCCACCAGAGCACAAACUACCUCCUCUGCCAGCUUCAGGAACAUGCAAAAUUGGAAAUCUGUAAGGGAGCUCUGGGAAGUAACUCCCUGAUGUUCGUUAAGCACUGUGCCCUGGAACGGGCUACAAGGUCAGGUGCCACGUUCGAGAGCAGUAUUACCAUCCCUGGUAGGUCAGAUCAGUCUGGAUGACUCAACCCCACCUUCCAGGUGGGAUGCAGGUUGUCAGUCACCUAAAGUGGGUUCCACACGGACAUAGAUUCAUAGGCUUUAAAGUCAGAAGGGACCCUCAUGAUCCUCUAGUCUGACCUCUUGCACGUUGCAGCCACAGAGCCUCACCCACCCACUCCUGUAAGAGACCCCUAACCUCUAGCUGAGUUACUGAAGUCCUCAGAUCGUGGUUUAAAGACUUUGAGUUACAAAAAAUCCACCACUUACACUAGUUUAAACCGGCAAGUGAGCUGUGCCCCAGGCUGCAGAAGAAGGCAAAAAAAAAAACAACAACCCAGAGUCUCUGCCAAUCUGACCCGGGGGGAAAUUCCUUCCUGACCCCAAAUCUGGCAAUCAGUUAAACCCUGAACAUGUGGGCAAGACCCACCAGGCAUCUUAAAGAAUCAAUGACUAAGUCACUGCUCUUAGGAGCAUCAUUUCAUGUUUUUGGAAACCAAUAUACAGAUUGCAUUUGACUGUGUCAGCUAUCAGCUAGGAUAGAGGUUUAUUGAAGAAACAGGGUAACUGAGUGCCUUGUACCUUCGUUACUGUCUUAGUGAAUCCUCUGUAUGCGGCUGGACUUUGAAGCAAAUGUUGAUGCCUUUUUGUACUUGAUCCCUUUCCUAGCGAUUGACAUCAAUGCUUCGGAUAUUAAGGCCCUGUACAGGCGCAGCCAGGCUCUGGAGAGCCUGGGGAAGUUGGACCAAGCCUUCAAAGACGUCCAGAGGUGUGCCACCAUUGAGCCCCGCAACAAAAACUUCCAGGAGACCCUGAGGCGUCUGGGAGCCAAGAUUCAGGAAAAGCUGCACGUUCAGUUCUCCACCGAUGCCAGGGUGCAGAACAUGUUUGAAAUCCUGCUGGAUGGGAACAGUGAGAAAGAGAAGCGAGAGAAGGCUGCGAACAAUCUCAUUGUUCUGGGGCGGGAGGAAGCAGGAGCCGAGAGGAUAUUCCAGAACAAUGGGGUAAAGCUGCUGCUGCAGCUGAUAGAAACCAAAAAUGCGGAGAUGAUCCUAGCGGCCGUAAGGACCCUUUCGGGCAUGUGCACUGGACACAAGGCGCGGGUAAGUCGUGUGGCUCAGAAAUCCUGCCUCCGUCUCUCACUAUACCCGGGGGACUCAAAGGAACCUGCUUCUCGCGAUUUCAGAAUGGCCAUUUUUACUUCCAUAUCGAUCUCCUCUUACUAAAAGGACAAGAAAAAUACAUUUUGAACUCCUAUGAUCUGGCUGUUCGUGGAACUGAGUCUGUUUCUAAAAGAGAAAUGAAAAGCGAACCUUGCACGGAAUGAAAUACAGAGAAGCCAGCGGGUGAAAGUUAGCCUUUAUAGGGUGCAGACUUGACAGGUUGAACCUGUGAUGCUAUUCUUGGACUUCGGGUUCAAAGAUAUCCUUCAGCAUGUCACUGAGGCUGGUAUAACACCGGCCCCAGUGAAAUGAGGUGUAUGUACAUCCACAAUCCUGUAGGAGGCGGCAGUGACCAACGGUGGGUUAAGCCAGGACCCUGGACUCCAUGCCAAGAGGUGUGAGGUGGCCUGCUAGAGCAGUGAGAUACAUGGUCUCUAUGAGAAGGAUGGGAGGUGAUUAGCCAAGACCUUCAUUAGGUGAAGUCAGAGGCUGGAGGAGGAAGAUGAAGGUAUCUAGAAAAGCCUGAAAGUUUUGGUGGGCCAUGAGCCACCUUUUAAGUUAACCCACCCGGGUGAAUAUUGUGGUCCUCAAAUGACUCAUUUAAAAAGUAGCCCUCUUUUAGACUCAUGACAAUCCAGACUCUACUGAUAAGCAGUAAGACUUCAAUAUUGGAAGGUGUCAUGGAGUGUGGGGGACUCAGGGCCCUGAACCCCGCACUUCCUGCGAUUCACCGUGACUCUCAGCCAGCCAGUAAAACAGGAGGUUUAUUAGACGACAGGCACACAGUCUAAAACAGAGCUUGUAGGUACAGAAAACAGGACCCCUAAGUCAGGUCCCUCUUGGGGGGAUGGGGAGCCCAGACCCGGGUUCUGGGCUUCCCUCCGUCUUCCCAGCCAGCUCCAAACUGAAGCCCCUUCCUGCUGCCUCACCAAGCCACACCCCCGGCUCCUCCCCCAGCCUUUGUCCAGUUUCCGGGACAGAAGGUGUCACCUGGCCCCAACCCGCUCCUGGGCUCAGGUUACAAAGGGCAGCCGCCAUCACUUACGUGCUAGUCGUCAAAUAUCAUCCCUCAGUGAAGUCACACCCUUAUUUCCCAUCCCCAUCUAGUACUGGUGCAGCACGCCAGGGAAACGGAGCCACGCCCCGUGUUAGCAGAAGACCGUAAACUAGUAAAACUCGCCUGCAACGUUACCAGGUUAAUGCUCCCUACUCCGUCACAGACGGAAUAAGCAGUUGAGAGAUUGAGACCAUAUUUGUGUGGCUGCACGUGUGGGUAUGUACAACCCCACUAGAGACAGCACUGUCUAGUAGUGACCAGUCAGCUUUCGCUGAGCUCCGUACAUUUUAUUUAGGACUAAAGCAUGACAGAAAACAUUGUAUAAAAACAGACCGUCUACUUAGA